CCCAGCUGCUCAGCUCCGGCUUCCGCUGAGCGGCCGUGUCUAGGUGCUCCCUCCCCUCUCCCCUUCUCCAGCCUUUCCACUCCUCCUCCCGGCCCCCCUUCCCGCUGUCCCAGGCGGGCGAGCGCUCUCUCCAGCUCUUGCGCAAGGAGGCGCCUCUUUAACCCCGUAGUCGUUCCCUGUCUCUUCAGCCAUGAAGAUCGUGCCACGUUUAGCUGGAAGGCAAGUACCCCGGUGAGGGCAGCGAGGUAAGGAUGGCGUCUUUCUCUGCUGAGGUUUUUACCUCGCUUCUCCACGAACCUCAUUGCAGAGAGGGACAGGACAGGACAGAAUUUGGGGCUUCCAUACUUCCCACCACCCAAAAGGCCUCCUAUCCUGGGGAAGCUGGAUUUCAAAAAGGAGAGUGCGGUGGGUUUGAUGAUUAACCAGUUUUGAAAUGGCUGAAAAAGAUGGGGGCCUUAAACCACGCAGAUGGACUCUGCUGAAAGUGGCGGCUGUGAUAGCCAGCGGCUUCCUGCUCUUGGCUGGGAUUGGAGCUGGGAUCUGGGCUAUCGUGGUUUCUGCACUUGGAAGUGAAGGUGAAAGCCUGUACGUUGUCCAGGUGAACCCCGGGGACCUACGUCUCACUGUGUAUGAUGAGAAUGAAGGGAAAUGGAGGCUCCUCUGUUCGUCUUCCUCUGACACCCAGGUGGCCGCCCUCAGCUGCGAGGAGAUGGGAUUUGUCAGGUCUCUCUCCCAUUCAGUCCUGGCUGCUGACAGUGCAGGGGCCAAUGGAACAUCAGGCUACUUCUGCGUGGAUGAGUCCCGCCUUCCUUUUGCACGAAGGCUGAGCGAGGCCAUCGUUGUGUGUGAAUGCCUGACAGGCCAAUUCCUGGCAACGCUAUGCCAAGACUGCGGACGCCGGAAGUUAUCUAUGGACCGGAUUGUGGGAGGCCAAGAUGCCAGCUUGGGCAAGUGGCCGUGGCAAGUCAGCCUGCGCUAUGAUGGGACGCACCUUUGCGGUGGCUCCAUCAUCUCAAACGAAUGGGUUAUCACAGCUGCACACUGCUUCCCAGAGAGGAAUCGAGUGGCAAGCCGGUGGCGAGUGUUCAUGGGUGCCGUUUCCCAGUUCUCCACUAAGGGGCUGCAGGUGGGUGUGACAAGCAUUGUGUAUCAUGGUGGGUACCAGCCCUUCCUGGAUCCCAACAGCGAGGAAAACAGCAACGACAUUGCCCUGAUGCACUUGGCGACACCCUUUUCCUUUAAUGAAUUCAUCCAGCCCAUCUGCCUCCCAGCACUGGGUCAACCUUUGGUGGAUGGCAAGACCUGUACAGUUACUGGCUGGGGCAACACCCAGUACUAUGGGCAACAGUCAGAUGUGCUGCAAGAAGCCAACGUGCCCAUCAUCAGCACCAGCGUCUGCAAUAGCCCCGACUACUAUGGCAGUCAGAUCAGGCCCAGGAUGUUCUGUGCUGGUUUUGCUGCUGGGGGCACAGAUGCCUGCCAGGGUGACAGCGGCGGCCCCUUUGUGUGCGAGGAUGGCAUCUCGCGGACCUCCCGUUGGCGGCUCUGUGGCAUUGUGAGCUGGGGCACUGGUUGUGCCCUGGCCAAUAAGCCAGGAGUGUACACCAAGGUCAACGACUUCCAAGGAUGGAUUUAUCGUUCCAUGAAGACCCACUCCCAUGCCAGUGGAAUGGUGAUCCAGGAAUGAAGUCCCAGGAAGUGCAGUGCUGAGCUGCCACCUCACCAAUCUCCUCUCCUUCCAGUGAGACGCUGAUGCUUUUUUUUAAAAAAAAGGAAAGGGGCAUUUUAAAGGGAACAAACCAUAGCCACAUUGGACUAUGUACUUUGGGCUAGCCAGGAAUCCACACUCUAUUUCUGCAUCCCUGUGAUAAAAGUCCCAUGUAUGCCUUGGGAAACUAAGAAUCAGAAACUGCUUCAAUUUUAUACUGGAAGUUCCAGUAAGGAUUAUGGUGGGACUGUACGCACGUGAUAAACCAGUCUUCCCAAACCUGAUGGCCUCUGUAUGUUUUGGACUACAGUUCCCAUCAUGCCUGACCCACUGGCCAUGCUGGCUGAGGCUGAUGGGAGUUGGAGUCCAGUUUUUCCAAAACAUCUAGAGAGCAGCAGCUUGGGGAAGGUGGUUAUAACCAAAGGGCCACUUCUCGCUUUCUUGAUACACUGAUGAAUGUACAAGCACCCAGCGCGCUAUCUUCAAGCAACUAUACCUCUCUAGCAUAUCCAAGCACAGUUGCACACACUCGUACUUCUUGAUUUGGUGAUAAUUCAUAAGUUAUCGGUUGGACCAAUCGGGUACAUUUGAUGUCCUCUUGACGAAAACCAAUAAAAUUAUUUUGUUUGCAUAUGGUUGAGGCUAUAAAAACGUAAGAAGAGCCCUGCUGGAUCAGGCCAAAGGUCCAUCUAGUCCAGCAUCCUGUUAUCUUAGUGGCCAACCAGAUGCCUACGGGAAGUCCUCAAGCAGGACUUGAGUGCAACAGCACUCUCCUCACUUGUGAAUCCCAGCAACUGGUAUUCAGUUCUCCAACAGUAGAGGUAGAACCCAGCCAACGUGGCCCAUAGCCUUAUCCUCCAUGAAUUGGUCUAUACGAAAGCUUGACUGGAGCCAAGAAGCAUCCCAAAACAUUCCUGUAUUAUGUUUUCUUAUACUGUAAAUAGAUGCCUAUAUUGGGUCUCCGCUGUCCUAUGUGACCAAGGAUCAGUUCACUCAGAUUGUAUAUAUUUGUGUAAUUAUGAUGAUUACAGUAAACAAAACGUGUUUUGAUUA